AUGGAAGGACAAGUCUACAAAGACGUGGUUUUGACAGAGUGGGAACUGACAGAGCAACAAGACAUUAUUCUCGGAAAGCCUUGGCUUGUCCAGUACAAUCCAAGAAUCGAUUCGAGGACUCAUACGACUGAGUUACCGACUCCCUUAGCUCCUGUUGAGUCAGGAGAGUUUGAAGAACGCGUAAAGCAAGGAUACUAUGCCGAAGUCUACUUAAUGAGCAUCAAGAAGAAGGAGAUCGAGCCAGUGCCGGUUCCAAUCCACCAAGUGCUGGACGAGUAUCCCCAAGUCUUUCCAGAUCAAUUGCCGGAUGUCUUGCCGCCAGAGCGAGACAUUGAACAUGAGAUCCUGCUUAAGCAGGACGCCAAGCCGUCCAACGGAGCGCCAUUUCGCCUGUCCAAAGUGGAGCAAGAAGCUCUGGAUAACUUUGUGGACGACUUGGUGAAGAAAAGAUGGGUGGAGAUUCCGAAUUCACCCUGGGUCUCCAACAUUUUCGGCGUUCCAAAGAAAGAUCCGACAACGGGCAAGUUUACGACGAGGCUUGAAUGGAUCCGUUCUGCCAAUCCAACGAUGCCAAUACGCUGGGUAAUUGACUACAGACACGUCAACAGUCAAACCAAAGUCCCAAAGAUUCCGCUUCCUCACAUCGAAGAGCACUUCGACAAGAUGCAAAGUGCAAAGAUCUUCUCGGUUAUCGACUUGGCAUCCGGGUAUCACCAGAUGCGAAUGAAAGAGAAUAGCAAGCAGUAUACCGCGUUCGGGACGAAUAGCGAAAUUUAUCAGUGGAAGGUUGCUCCCAUGGGUCUCACAGGAAUGCCAGGCACAUGGACAAGACUCAUGCGGACGCUGCUGUCAAAACUGAAAUUCGUGGUUGUCUAUCUGGACGACAUUUGUGUGUUUUCAAGCUGUUUCGACGACCAUCUGCAGCAUUUGCGCCAAGUGUUUGCUGUUCUUCAAGACAACAAGCUGUAUACUCGAAGCGAGAAAUGCUCAUUCGGCAAGCAGUCUGUUGAGUUCUUGGGUCAUAUCAUUUCGGCCGAAGGUCUCCAAGUCGACGCUCGCAAGAUCGAUGCUGUCACAAACUGGCAGACUCCGCAGAACAACAAGGACUUGCAGCGUUUCAUCGGGCUAGCUGGCUACUAUCGACGAUUCAUUAAGGGCUUUGCACUGCUAGUAUUGCCCUAA